GAGCUUUCGGUCAUAGCGCAGCCUAUGUCGGAGGGCGACUAUGGCACUGUUCUGGGAAGUACGAUUCAGUCGGCCACUUAGAAGUUCUAUGGCAGCCAUAAAGUGUCAUCAAGCCAUGCCUUCCAUUCCCAUAGUCACGACGCACAUUGCUGGCCAUAUACUCCAUCAAACAGUUUCAACGACCACCUUAUUCGGGCCUAAAGAUGGGCGCGCUGCCACAGCUGUUCGCUGUUGCGCUACUUCUGAUCCACAGCAAUCUCGCGCAAGCAUCUAGCACCCCGAGCGACUGUGGUGGAAGUCAAGUAUGCAGGAAGACGGAGCCGUACAAGACCGCCUCAUUGACGCCGGCCGAGCGCGCCAAUGACCUUCUCAAACGCCUAACCUGGGAAGAGAAGAUUGGACAGAUGGGCGGCAUCCGGGCCGCUUUCAGAAGCAUCAAUGGAAGUGUUGCAUUCAAUAGAACGUCUUUCGAGCAGAUACGAUCCACACAGAAUGGACAAAUAGGUUACGGACAACAAGCAAAUUGGGCAAUGGACCUACUGCCACGGAUGAACGAACUUCGCGCCGAACAAAUCAAUGGAUCUCGCCUCCACAUUCCAUACAUCACUGUGGCUGAUUCCGUUAAUGGCUUGUGGUUUUCCGGUGGUACGGUAUUUCCUGGCACUAUCUCCAUGGCUUCGUCAUGGAAUUUGCCACUUUAUGAACAGGUUAUUGCAGCGUCGAGAGACGAAAACCUGGCUAUGGGAAUCAACUGGGUACUCUCGCCCGAAGUGGACAUAAUUCAUGAUCCUCGUAAUGGGCGGAAUGGUGAGAUGUAUGGUGAAGACACCUACCUUGUGGGUGAGUUUGGCACCCGCUACAUCAAGACAAUGCAGGAAAAGGACGAUAACGGAUUUGUGAAGGUCGCCACGACCAUCAAACACUUUGUCUUUGGAUCUGGCAGUGGAGGCGUUAACCGCGCCAGCAUGUUUGGGGGAAUCAAUCAUAUCCUCAAUGACCUUGCUCCACCGUAUCGCAAAGCCAUAAGAGAAGGGCAACCACUCUCGCUCAUGGCUUCGUAUUCGUCCAUCGAUGGAGUUCCAGCUUCUAUCAACAAGUAUCUUCUCCAAGAUGUUCUACGCGGCAUCCUGGGUUUCAAAGGUCUUAUAAUGUCGGACGCGAAUGCGAUACAGUACCUCUUAACCGAGUCGAAAGUGGCCCGAACUCGAAGCGAUGCAGCCGUUAAGUCCCUCCAGGCAGGACUCGAGCAUGAGCUCAAGCCCGAUGGCCUUGGACUCUUCGUUGAGCUGAGAUCGCUGCAUUCUAACAAAGAGAUCGCAUCUUUGGUGGACGAGGCGGUUCGUGCUAUGCUUCAGAUCAAGUUUGCCACUGGGAUGUUCGACCAACCUUUACCGACAAUCGAGAACAUGGCCGCUACUCUCCGUAAUCCGCGUCACCUAUUGCUGAACCGAAACAUCACUCGCGAAUCGAUUGUUCUGCUCAAGAACGAUGAUGCAUUCCUCCCUCUCACUAAGGGCCUUCUAAGCGGCUCGGGAAAGGUUGCGGUCAUAGGACCGUACGCAGAUCUCAUCAAUGCUGGCAACUAUGCUCCCGUUGAUCCAGCCGACCCGCGUUACGGAAACUCCUUCCUUCGAAGUUUCGAGAAUGCUCUAGGCAAAGAAAAUGUCCUCUAUGCGCAGGGAACCAGUACGGUGCUGCCCAAUUAUGACCACGAUGCACAAGCGAAGGAUCAAGCUGCUAUUUCGUUUGCAGUGGAUAAAGCUAAACAAGCCGGUCUCGCAGUUGUAGUCCUUGGAUCUGGAUAUGGCAACUUCAUGCCCGAGUUCUUCAACAACGAACGGACUGAUACUGAGGGCUAUUCCCAUGCAGACCUGGGAUUCCCUGGGGCCCAACAACAGUUGCUUGACGCAAUCCUUAAUACCGGUGUACCGACUAUCCUAGUCAUGAGCGCUGGACAGACCUUUGUGAUCAAUCAGUCAACUUCACGCUGCAAGGCAAUUUUGCAUUCCUGGUUGGCUGGUGAGUACUCCGGCGACUCUCUUGUCGAGAUUCUUCUUGGCCAGGUCAAUCCGAGUGGCAAGCUCACCGUAUCUAUCCCUGACCACAAUGGUGCUUUCCCUGUCGCAUACGACUAUCUUCCCUCAGACGACGUUGGCGGCUUUUCAACAUAUACCAAGUACGACUGGCAUUGGCCGCAACUGACUCGAAAGCCGGCUAUGCCGUUUGGCUAUGGUCUCAGCUACACAAACUUUACGAUUUCUGAAGUCUCAGUCUCUACAUCCGGUACCGGAUCGAAUCGUACUAUUGAUGUGUCUGCGAAGGUCACUAAUCGAGGCAAGAUGGGGGGCAAAGAAGUUGUCCAAGUCUACUUUCGCCCUCAAUACUCAAUCAUUGAGCGACCUGUAAUGAAGCUCAUUCGGUUUUCCAAGGUCAGCGUUGCUGUGGGAAGCAUGGAAAUAGUGGAGUUCGAUAGGAUCGCUUUGACUGAGCUUGGAUUCUACGUGAAUGGAGAGUGGACUGUUGAAGAAGGAAAUUAUACCUUCUGGGUCGGUAGCUCCUCCAGAUCAUCGGAUCUCACUCCUGUAAAUGUCGUCAUAUAAUUUCAUUAGGUG